AUGAGGAGCGCAGAAGACACAAAUUUCAAGGAGGGAGACAUCGUGUGGUAUGAAAAUCAAGCCUCCAGCCCGGAGGAAGUUGCGGACAAUACUCUGUUCACUCUAUGCCGCAUAAUUCACAAGAAUGAUGACGAUGAGGUCAUGUUAUCCAAGCACAGCGAUUACAAUGGGUGCAUAUUUACGAGCAAAGUGCAGAACAUACACAAAGCCAACCAUCUCUUUACCUUAGACCAAAAUGACAUGAUGAAACUGAAACAUAUUAACGACCCCGCGCUAUUGCAUCUUCUGCACGAAAGAUUUAAGAACAAAAAAUUUUACACAAAAAUGGGUCCGCUACUCAUAUUUGUAAACCCUAAUGUGAAUUUGAACCUUUGCAAUCAAGAAACCAUUCGCAUGCACAAAUUUUCGAGCACACCGACGGAGGGAAAUCUGAAUGAGUACACCGUUGCUCUUUCUGCGCUACGAAAUAUGAGCAUGUUAAAAAGGAAUCAGUCCAUUAUCGUGACUGGUGAGUCUGGCUCGGGAAAGAGUGAAAUCACGAAGAAUAUUUUAUACUUUCUGGCCUACCAAGUGGAGGGGCCUCGUGAGGAGACGUCUGAGCAGCAGGAUGUCGCUGGGGCGCAUGAGGGGACAGCCAGCGCGCAGGGCGACGAGAGUGAAGGGAACGAAGCGGACGAGAACAACCAGUCGGAUGAGGCGAGUCAUCCCAACGAACCGAGCGAGUCUAACCAACAAAACCAGGUGAAGGUCGCCGAAAUGAUAACCCACAUGAACGUCCUCCUGGACGCCUUCGGGAGCGCCAAAACGGCGAAUAACAACAACUCCAGUAGGUUAUCCAAGUUCUUCACCCUGCACAUGGAUGAGAACGGGCGCGUGAAGUCCAUGCACGUGAAGAAGUUCCUGUUCGAGAAGGACAGGGUGAUGGGCGGCGAACACGAACGCCAAGGAGAGAAUUCCUUCAACAUUUUUUACUACGUGCUAAACGGGUCAAGCGACAAGUUCAAGGAAAUGUACUACCUGAAGGAUGUGACGUAUUAUAAGAUGUUGCGCUCCAGGGGCUCGCUCGGGAAUGGACAGAUCGUGCCGGUUAGCGGCGACGCGGUGAACGCGAAACAGACCCCAACAGAUGAAUCGGCCAAGUUUCUUGAAUUGCUAAAAUCCAUGAAUUACAUUUUUGAUGAUGACAAGGAAAUCGAUUUUGUGUUUUCUGUCCUGUCAGCAUUGUUACUCCUGGGCAAUGUAGAGACAGUGAAAACGCUCCGACAGAAAUCUUUAUUAAGAAAGAGCAUCCUGUGUGAAAGUUCCCUCAACUAUGAGCAGUUGCAACAUUUCUUAGAAGAUUCAAAUGAAGAUUUAAUAAUGGAUGAAAAUGCAAAGAACUUCCUCAUAGCAAGUAAGUUGCUGGGUAUCGAUCCGGAACAACUUGUGAAAUACUUCACCGCCAAUUACGUCUUCCAUGACAUUCUACUUAUGAAGGUACAUAACGAAACGAAGAUUCAGAAAAAAAUAGAAGCCUUUAUUAAAACCACCUACGAUGAAUUGUUUAACUGGAUUGUACACAAGAUCAACUGCAAAUUUGGAAACCUGAUUGGGGGAGGAGGUCAUUACUACCAUGAAAAUGUUGAAGCGAAUUAUAUAAACGUGCUUGAUUUGGCCUACUUUGAAAAUGGAGAGCAAAAUUCGCUCACUCAAUUACUCGUCAACACUAGCAAUGAAGCGGUGCGUAAUAUGGUGGUGGAUUUUUUAUUCAAAAAGAGGAUACAGUUGUGUAGGGAGGAGGGGAUAGAAGCGGCAUCCUCCUCCUCUUCCUCCUGCUUUAACCUGGAACGGCUAGACAAUGAAGGGUUAUACAAUGUGUUGGUUCAGCAAGAGGAAGAGUCGCUGUUCUCCUACCUCGAAUCCUUGUCCAUGAAGAAAGUCACUGAGAACAGCAACUUGCACUCUUUAAUAGUUAAGAAGUUUUCUAGUGGGGGGUACAUAAAGGAGGCUUUUUCUUCGAUUCUCCCUGGGGAGAAUAAUGGCCAGCAGUCCUGCUGCUCCUCCUCCUCAUCCUCCUUCGUCAUUGUGCACUCAUGUGGUGAAGUGUGCUACUCAUCGGAGCAGCUUGUCAACCAGAACAUACACAUACUAACGAAUAACUUUAUUGAGUUGAUGAAGAAAUCUGGUAACCCCUAUUUAGAACAACUCUGUUGCAACUACAAUUAUGACCCCUGUGGGGACAUCGUGGAGGAGAAGAGACGAUACAGUAUUCAGUCUGCUUUGAAAUUGUUUCGGCGUAAGUAUGAGUCCAAGAAUCAAAUGGCUGUUACCAUGGCAAGGAAUAACUUGGUAGAACUGAUGAAGGUGAAGGAGAAUACCUUUUGCCACUUUAUAUUUUGCAUGACUUCGAAUCAUAACAGGAGGGAAAAUGCGGGGGGAGAAAUUGUCAACUGCUUUGACGAGCGCGUCGUGUUCGACCAGGUGCAGAACAUGUCCCUCUCACACUUCAGACAACUCAGAGGCGCUGGGCUCUUCCCCCAUGCCUUUUACUUCCAGGAGUUGCUGGACCUGGUGCAGGACGGGGCGUCUAACGAACAAGCGGAAAAUGUACAAACGGCAAAUGUAGACGCGGCAAAUCGCGUCCAAGAGAUGAUGAUGUUACGCAACAUCAGUAAGAGCGAGUGGGCCAUGGGACAAAACAGAAUCUUCCUGACCGACUUAUCUUUAAAAAUUCUUAUGCAGAGCAAGUGGGAACAGUGCAGACAGAAGAUGCUUCCCAAGGGGUGUGGAGCACUGUACGCUUAUCAGAGGGCAAACCCUGGGGGGAGGGACGCAUCUGCCUCCAAAGCAGCAGGGUUAAUAAACCUAGAGUGCGUAAGAAUGAGCCAAAUUUACAAGACAGGCGAUGCUAAUAAGAUCUACCAGAUGGUGAAACAAGGAAUGGCUUCCAUGUCUCAAGAAGGGAACAACUGUUUCCACGACAUGAUGCAAUAUAUGCACCUAGAAAAAAUAACACAGUUGUAUAACCCCGGAGGGGGUACGGGAAACGACGACACGGGAGAUGUCUCGAUGGAAGGAGGAGCAGAAGCAGCAGCAGUAGCAGCAGACUCGUACCAGAACCAAGAAGGUGAUCCCAAUCAAAGCUCAGUACAGAUGUGUGGUAUUAUGCAUAUAUUGAAUAAUGUGCCUACAUGCAAUGCUAAGAUGUGUGAUCUGAAUGAGGCCAUCAAGGGGUGCAACCCUACACAGGUAUCCCUCAACGACAGCUGCACCUGCGGCGUGGGAAUGCCUAACUGCUGCACCCAGCACUUACAGUCGGGGGAGAUAAACCCGGAGGGCACCGAGGAGCAGAAUGUAGUGGCUGACGUGGAAGGGGCACAAAUGAACCUGGACGAAGUCCAACAUGACGACGUGCAACCUGAGGAAGUGCAACCUGAGGAAGUGGAGGCCGAGCAAGUAGAACCCGAGCAAGUAGAACCUGAGCAAGCAGAACCCGAGCAAGUGGAAGCCGAGCAAGUGGAACCUGAGGAAGUGGAACCCGAGCAAGUGGAACCUGAGGAAGUGGAACCCGAGAAAGUAGAACCUGAGGAAGUGGAACCCGAGCAGGUAGAACCUGAGGAAGUGGAACCCGAGCAAGUAGAACCUGAAGAAGUCGAACCCGAAGCUGCCGACGAAGAUGAUGCGAACGAAGAGCCAGCAGAGGAAGACUUAUCAAAUGGGGAGCAGCUCAGUGGAGAGCAACUCAACGGGGAGCAGUCAAAUACGCAACUCCAGGAGGAUGACCUACCCGAGCAUCAUGCAGACAGUGACGAACAGGAAGAAGAGAUAAUAAGCAGUGCGAACAACAAUACGGCAGAUGCAGGAGAAUCACAGGAGAACCAGUUAGAUGUGGCAAGUGUUGGCUCUGUGUCGGGUGCAGUAGACGCUGGUGAGGCGAGUGAGGAUGCCGCGGAGGAAGCGUUGCAGGGGGUGGAGGUGGUCGAUUUAAAGGAUGAAGAAGAAGAGGAGGAAGAAUCGUUGCAUGGGGUAGAGGUGGUCGAUUUGAAGGAUGAAGCAGAGGCGGAGGAAUCGUUGCAUGGGGUGGAGGUCGUCGAUUUGAAAGAUGAAGAAGAAAAAGAAGAAGAAGCGGAAGAUGAGCCCAACGAGGAAGUGGUAGACGUGGUAAAGGUGGCGGCGGCGGCGGCAGAUGAGCCCAACGAAGAGCCGGUCGAUGUAGAAGAGGAGAUGCCCCAAGCGCAGGAACUCGAGGUGCCGGCGCUGGAACUGGAGGCAGAUGAAGAAGCGCCAGGCGAGGUGGAAGCGGCAGACGAGAUGAACCCCUUCACCGAUGUAGAUGCAACCGAGGAGAUGAAUCCGUUCGACCAAGUGGACGAAGUGAACCCCCCGCAUGAAGAGGAUGAGAACUCGACAAAGGACGAAACGAAGAACCCGAAGGAGGAGGAUGUAGACGAGGAAUACAUUGAGUAUAAUUUGAAUUGCUUUAAAGCAGUGGCCUCCAGGAAAAUGGGAGAAUUAAAUAACGCAUUACUAAGUUGCGCUGGAGAUGAAGUAAAUAUGAUUCAGAAUAUGCUUGACUGUUAUGUAUGUACGGAACAAGGGAAUCAAUAUGAGCAUUGCUUAAUAGAACCCACUUAUUGGAACCCGUUAGAUGUAGGACAAAACGGGUUCGGACAAUACCCCGCAGAAUUAAGGAACCCAAAACAGAAACAUUUACUGUUGAGUCAUUUAAAUGAAAAGUAUAUCACCAACUCAGAUGAAAACAUUCAUCUCAUGAACAUUUUAAAAAAUAUGGUUUCUGGCAUGGAAAAUGUGCAUAACAAAAAGUGGAACCUCUUUUUUACAUCAUGCGAUUAUUACUUCAAGUCAUAUGUCUCGAACGAAGAUCAUUUAUGUUUACAACAUGAUUCGGCCGAAUUGAACGAAAAGGUUAUGUUCAACGAAGAGUGCAAUUAUCACAACAAGGAGCAAGUGCAUAAGCAUAGGUAUAGCCCCAUGGUGGAGUAUUUAACUCUGCCCACAGGAAAGGACAUUCAUGAAAUAUGUCUCUCCAAUAAUGCUUAUAAAAGGUAUAUAAAAAAUACUUACAACAUUCUUUGCUUCCGAUCAAGGAAAGGUUCUAAAUUGGAUUUCAUGAAUGCCAAAUCAUUUUAUACAUCCAUUGAAUACAAAAAGGUGAAGACCAAAAACAUAACUCAUGUACACACAGAUUUCUCCUACAUGGACGAUAAGAUGAAAUGCAAUUUCAAACAACAUGUAAUUAAUGAGUUCAUUAAUAACCCUAACAUCAGCAUGGAGGAAUUGGGAAACAGCUUGCUCAAUUUAGCUACAUACUUUUAUUAUGAAAAUCGGGGUUCCUGGUGCGUCUUCGUUUCAAAGAAGCGCGCCUUCACGGGAGUAAUCAAUAUCGUUAAGAAUAGGUACAUACGCAUGACGGCCAAGAAUAAGACCAAGAAGUAUCACAUUGUCCUGUUUGAGACGCCUGUGUGA